AUGGGGCAGCGGAGAAUCGAUCCCCUGGCGCACUUCAGGAGACCCAUUCUCCAGGCCGCACUCGGUGCCCAGGAGCCGCCCUUCGCUGACCACUACGCUACGUCGCAUGAUCCAGCAGAACACGUACCACGAGUAUCUCGGCGUCCCCAGGGAGAUGUCGCCGAGCGUGCAAGUCGGGCGAGGGGAGGAGCCCAACGGGACGCGACCGACUCGGAGGGACAGCCGGGCUGGAGCGCCAUUAAUUCUGCCAGAGGGAUCGAGGAGGCGGAGGCAUCCGGAUCGACGCGUCAAGCUGCUUUGAACGGCGUAGUGGCGCCAUACAAGGCAGAGAGUCCAUCUUCCGCUCCAUUCCGUUCGAGUCCGCCCGCACCGUCGGUUCCGGCGAAACACCACCUCACGCUCACUAGUGGCACUGCUGACGACGCCGUGUUGGGACGUUACACCCGCCAUGCCUUCCGUAGCUCUCAGCUGAACACUAAGCGGUCCGCUCCUGUACUCAAUCGAGGCUGGGGACCAUCCCACAUCGGAAAGCGCGCUGGAUGGGGAUCACAAGGAGCUACGCACGAGAGCGAUCUCCAUGCGGAUCCGCGGGACAUCGGCGACUCGGGGAACGCGGACGCUCCGGACGAGUCGGGGAGCAUCCUUGACUCGGGUGACGACUGGGUCAGUCUGCGCUCGGCUAGAUCUCCUCUCGUUCAUGUCAGCCCGGGCAGCCAACGUUCCGCUGCGUCCAGCUCGACGCUUGACGAAGCCACUCUGCGGUCGCAUGCGCGGCCGUCUGUUGGCGGUGGUAGUUUCUGGCAGUUCUCCCCUCUGCUUCACGUACCGCCCGGGGAUGCCGCACCUCACAGCCGCCCUGCUCCUGCCAUCAGAGCCGCCGCUCCCACUUCCGAGGUGAACGUCGGGAUGUCGUUCGACUUCGGAUCCGAGACGCGCCCUCUGCGACUCGCGGCCCAGGAUGACGCGGUGCCCGUGCGCCCACCCGCCGCGCUGCAGCUUUCGGGCUUCGACGCGGAACCGCGGCUCGACUCGGGGACGCCGAGCGCGGGAUGUCCGUUCUUCGAGCCUCGGUGGCACUACACGCGUCGCGACCGCGACGGCAACACUGUCAGCGUGCGCGCUCAGACCGCCUCCCUCGCUCCGGUUCUCUCGACGGCGGGCUGUCGCGUGCACCCCUCAAGGCUGAACACCAUGAGGCACUGCGUCCUGGACAUCCAGUACGCUGGGGUGAAAGCUCAGCUGGCCGUCUUCUGUAGGCGGCAGGCCGCCACGGACGUUUGA